CCAGGCUUAGCUGAGAGUUUUCAGUGGGCAACAUCCAAACCCACUGUCUCAGCCAGAGGCCAGUACCCAGGGUGUGGCCAUCCCCAGGUUACACACUCCGGAAGUCGAAUCGUGGGAGGGCAUGCCGCCCCAGCAGGCACAUGGCCGUGGCAGGCUAGCCUCCGUCUGCACAAGGUGCACGUGUGUGGAGGCUCCCUGCUCAGUCCAGAAUGGGUGCUCACAGCAGCCCACUGCUUCUUUGGGUCUGUGAACUCGUCUGAUUAUCAGGUGCACUUGGGAGAGCUUACGGUCACACUGUCUCCCCACUUCUCCACUGUAAAACGGAUCAUCAUGUACACUGGCUCCCCAGGACCACCGGGGUCCAGUGGGGACAUUGCCCUGGUGCAGCUGGCCUCCCCGGUGGCCCUUUCCAGCCAGGUCCAGCCUGUGUGCCUCCCAGAGGCCUCAGCUGACUUCUACCCUGGGAUGCAGUGCUGGGUGACUGGCUGGGGCUACACAGGGGAGGGAGAGCCUCUGAAGCCCCCAUACAACCUUCAGGAGGCCAGAGUCUCUGUGGUCGAUGUAAAGACCUGCAGCCAGGCUUACAACAGUCCCAACGGCAGCCUCAUCCAGCCAGACAUGCUAUGUGCCCGGGGCCCUGGGGAUGCCUGCCAGGAUGACUCUGGAGGGCCACUAGUCUGCCAGGUGGCUGGAACCUGGCAGCAGGCCGGCGUUGUCAGCUGGGGUGAGGGCUGUGGCCGCCCUGACCGCCCUGGCGUCUAUGCCCGGGUUACUGCCUAUGUAAACUGGAUCCACCACCACAUCCCGGAAUCAGGGGGCUUGGGAAUGCAAGGGCUUCCCUGGGCUCCGCUCCUUGCUGCCCUCUUCUGGCCAAGCCUCUUCCUGCUGCUGGUCUCUGGAGUCCUGAUGGCCAAGUACUGGCUGAGCUCUCCCUCCUACCCGGCCUCAGAACUCUGAAUGACGUGUCGCAACCAACCCAAGUGUCUUUCUUAAAUAAGUUAGUGUUUAUUCAGCUUUGCUUUGCCCCUCCCCUCCCCUUAGCUUUGACUUAGGAAGCCAAGUUUUCUGCAUCAGAUUAUUGCAACGUUUAACCUGAAUUUGUAGAACGGGAUGACAUAAAGCAAAUGGAUGUCAAAUGAA